CGAUGCUCUGCAGUUCGCGAUCUUGGCAAUCCUUGACAACCAGCGCUCACGCUCCGGUGCGUACCGAUUAUGCACGAUCUUGCAGGCGCAGCGCUCUAGGAACUUGUCGCGCACCGUGCGGGAUUGUUCGCAAGCAAAGAUGCGAUGUAUUGCCGCGCGCUUCCAAAGCAGCACAGGGCAAAUCUACUGUGGUAAUGCCCUCUAUUUAUACAACGCCAUGUUAAGUGGGGCAGAUCGUGAUACCCAGAACCCCGCUCCCCGGCGUCUGUAGCACCUCUAAUCCUGCCCAACUCAAGUUUGCACAAUACAACGCGGGUCAGGCAUUGGCGCUGAAUACCACAAUCACGAACAUGUCCAAGCUCUUUCAGAAUCUGCCUCCGAAUCUGCCUAUGCCAGGCUCGUUUCCAUCCUCCGACGAUGUACGCCGGGACGCACAGCAACUUGCGACAGAGCUCUACAAGGACUAUGCAACCCUCAAGAAGAUUGUUGAACGCCACGAGGAAACAAUACGCACGAGAUGGAGCAAGAAGUCCAAUUCACAGAAGAAGAAGUUGCUGUUGGAGGCCUGGCCGAAUAUGUCAACCCACCACCGACCAGAUGUUGAAGCAUGGCGUCAACGUUUAGAAUGGAGGGAAGCUUACUUGUGGCCGUACAUGAACCUCGAAGACCUCGCCCAACGUAACACAGUGUUGCUUCUGCUCCAUUUUCGCGGUAGAUAUCAUCCUAGAGCAUUUGUCCACUCGGAUCUCGAACAAGCAGCACUUGGUAAAGCCAGCGGUACGACUGUGCCAGCCUUUCUGAACGGAUACACCAUGUACUUUCAUAGGGGCGAAACCGCCGAUGAAUAUGGCGAUCUAAUCUCCUGGGACGACGAAGAGGACGCUUUUGAAGAUAUGACCAACGAAAUCGGCAUGCACCCCGGUCAUGGCCUGCAGGCUUUGGAGAUACAACAACGUAUUUGGGCGUUCCUCGUCACGUGGUCCAAGAGUGUACUCCAAGACGUACCUUCUCAAACCGAAGGCGAUGUUCUCCUCAACCCCGGGCCACCACCAACUCUGGGAGAUGUCACGUCGCUACAGAUCAUCGCCCUCGAAGCUCCGUACCGUAUGCCGGCUCAUCUAGAUUUCGCCCGCUUAAAGGCUAUAGCGUCGGCUGAGCGUAACGCACGAGAAGAUCAUCUGUGGGCUCUUCGCGAGGAUCCCGGCUACUUUGCCGAUGGAAUGCAAGAGGCAUCGGUGCAUCGCCAGGAAAUGCUCCGUGAUACCGAAGGUCACGAGCAUCCAACUUUGAAAGCGCCCGGGCGUCCAUUGUUCUGGAACCGUGUUGUUGGCAACGUCCUAGUUGAGUCGCACUUCGGGUUUGCUACGUUCGAUGAGAUCGUUCGACAGGUCAAUAACCUGACGUUACUGCAUGCGAGAUACCAUGAUCGGGUCAAGCCCGGAGUCAGUCUACCUUCAGAUUUGUCCAUGGCCUUCCAGAACCUUCGUUUCCUCCUGGACGCUGCAAAAGUCAACCUCAUUCAGACUUUGCGAGUUGGCCUCUUUCCAUCACCGCCAUUUCGACAGUUCUGUUCUCGCGAACCUCAAGAUCCGCGAACAUCCGUAAUCCGAGCAAUUUAUCAGCCACCGCACCAAAACCAUGCUGUCAAGCGCAUCAUGCCCUUCUUCAACAUUCUCUUCGAUGAGGAACAGCUUCGUCUGUAUGGGUUACACACAGUGAUAGAUGAGAUAGGACGUCUGAUGCAAAGCGAUAGCGGUGUCAAUGCUGUCAUAUCGCCUUGGAUUGCCAGACGGCUUUCGUCUCUGACUGUCGUCUCUGAGUGCUUGCAUCAGCUGCAUCUUUUCAAGCCCUGGUCACGAAAGAUCGAAGACGACAUGGAAGUCAAUGACAGCACAAUACGAAACAUCUAUAAGGAGUCUUUCAAAGACUGGGUUCCAGUCUUGGGAGUCAAGUUCGAAGGAUCCCAGGUCUAUCGAUGUGCCGACCCAAGUGACGGAAAGUUCAACUACCCAGUCCAACGACGACGCAACAGGCAGAACGUCGAAAUCUUGCGUAAGGCUGAAGCAAACCUUGAUUCAUUCUGGAAAGCGGUCGAUCACCACUAUAAGUCGAAGGCGAUUGGAAAGUCACAGCAAGACCUGGUAGCUCAUUUGCUGCGUAGUGAUCGAGCAAUUCAGAGAACUCCCGAGUGGAUCGAGCCUGAGAAGACCAUAUCGCCCCUCGGUGAGGACCAGUACGUGUAUCAGCCUUUCUCAACCGUGUUUCACGACCCCACAAAACAAGUCACUGGAACAUUUGACCGCGCAUCCCUUUUCUAUAAGGCGCCAAAGACAAAAACCCGUGGUAGCGCAACUUCGGAUGACGAAACGCAUCCUGGCAUCCAGCAUGAAUCCGAGGAGAUCGCGGCGUUUUUUGGCGUCGAUAAGCGCGCCCAUAAGGUUUUUCGAACAUUGUUUCACUCGCCCAACAGCCCAGAUACGCCCGGAGAAAUUCCUUGGGCUGACUUCCUUUACUCGAUGGUGUCUGUAGGCUUCUCUGCUCAGAAGCUGCACGGCUCAGCAUGGAACUUCACCCCCCAGACUCCGGAUAUUGGUAUUGAAAGAAGCAUACAAUUUCACGAGCCUCACCCUAACAACAAGAUCCCGUACCUGUGGGCAAGGAGGUACGGAAGGCGGCUGGGAAGAGCGUAUGGGUGGAACGCGGACAUGUUUCGACUGGCAUGAAAGAACCCCAGGUGCAUAGAAAGUCAGGGCGUUGAGCGAAUCAUAAAGUACAAACACUGUUUGGUGAGAAGAUUUUGCAGAGAUUACUGAACCUAGAAUCGAGCUCAAGAAAUACGUGCAUCUCUUUUACAAAACCGGGACGAGACCAACUGCGAUCGCCGCUCAAGCCAACCUCCCAAAAUCAGCAGAACCUUCUCAUCACUACGUGUCCAUACUUUCCCAGCGCAUUCAUCCUAGACCUAAUAGCGUUUAGUCUACAGAACCUGCUUGUCCUUUUUGUGUUUUCUU